UCGAGUGUAGCUGAAAUGAGCAUGAAAUAUUGGCGCCCUUGUCGAGUAAACAUCUUCCGAAUAGGAAGCCAUAAAGAAACGGUUAGUCUUAGCAAACAAGCCUCUUUGGAAGAGUGAAGAAUCUCAGCUGACUGGUGAGAAUGAAUCCGGUCAGAUUUGGCCCAAGUACUACCAGUAAUGCGACAUCCACCACUCAGUCAAGUCAAUGCCAUCCAGCUCAGACCACAGAGGUAACAGCUCUCUUCGUCAUUGCCCUGCUAGGCGUUGGAACGAACGCCUUCUUAAUGAUGCUCAUAAUUUUAAAACGACCACUAAGGAGGUGGUCCCAGGGACUGUUGUUCCAUCAAGGUUUGGUGGACUGUGUCCGAGCAAGUCUUCUGGUCCCUUUAGCUGUAAGUGUGAUGAUGUGCCAAAACUUGUCCAAGUGUUCGGUGCUAGAAACAAUCUUCUUACUACUUGUCACUGUGUCCACAGUCAAUCUUCUCACGUCUGUCAUCAAUGAUGCACCCUUGGUUCCAGAAAUAAGUCAGCCUUCAUUGCAGACUCGCCAAAAUCGUGCUGAAUCGCGUGGAAUACCUUUGGACAGCCGUCAGUGUGUAGCUUUUGGGUUCUUCAUUAUCUGGUUUGCCAGUAUUACAAUUAAUCUAGGCCCUACGUUUCUCAGUGGCGCCCUUUCUGGAGCUCGAGAAUCAGUACAAGGAAAAGCUUGUCCUAUGGUAUAUGGACCAGUUCGUCACUAUGUCCUGAACGUUUUAUGGGUAUCGGUCAAUAUGCUUUGUGUCCUACUCACUGCUGUUCACCUACGGAAGUUGCAUCGAGACUUAACUAAAUCAAAUCUAGAGGCCAUUAGAGUAGCUGGUCUGGUAACCACUUUGAUCUCGGUGCGGUCAGAGCGCGACAUGGGGGAACACCAACACAUACACAACUAUAUACACAGGUUGGAAAGGGAAGGACUUCACCGUGUAAAGAUGUUUGUUGUUCUCCUCGUGGCUUACGUCAUCUUUUGGGGUCCUCUUUUUACCAUCACACUCGCUCAGCCCAGAUUGGAAACGGCCUCUUUGACCUACCAAGUCAGCCUGCAUGUGGCAUUUGUGCACGCUUUUGUUAACCCAACAUUGCUGUUGUUAUUAAACAGAGAACUACGGAAGGCGGCCUCAGAUAUGCUAUGCUGUCGUUGUUGUCUAUUCCCUGAGGAUAAUAUUCCACCUUACGAAACAGCUUCUUCCUUACGCCUAAACCAUGGAUACAUGGAAACCACUUUAUGACCGUAAAGAAACGGAGUAUAAACUAAUUCUUACAGGUUUUAGAUAGAGCAUCAACAUAUCUGCUUUCUUCAUCUUGUGCUCCACUUUCGUUUGCACUUGUUGCAUAUUCAAGAUAUGUCCACCAGGAGGAAUAUUAUUUUUAGUUCAUCAUAAACGUCACUUUCUUUUGAUAUUUGCUGAACCUUCGGAGAUAUGUCUACUGCCAGAUGCGACUUAAACAACACAAGAGCCUGGAAAUAUAUAUUUUUUUUCGAAAGUUGUAAACCUAUUUCUAUUUCCGAUGUUGUGGUUUGUUUAUGCCUAUCUUUUACCUCCUUUUCACAACAAGUCUAAAAAUUAGCCCAUUCAAUAACAAAAAAUGUCAGAAAUUUUGGGUAAACAGUAAAGAAAACUAACUAGAGCAAUUACUUUUUUUUUCUAGGUUUCCAGUCGCUUUCAUUUCGGUUUAUGCUCA